AGGAGGAGCGCCCUCCAUUAUUGUUAAAACGUAUGACCGGAUGUUGAAGCCAGAUAUGAGCCUUGGGUCUGUGUCGUUACCCGAGUCGCUCUCAGUCCUUCUUUUGCCUUUGAUAUGCGAAGAAGUUCGGCGAUGCCCAGCCAGCUUAUGAAGUACUACGUAUGUGGCCCAGUUUGACAACUCAGUAUCUUACAUCUCGUUGCAAGCUCCCUACUCUGCAUUAUCAAAAACAUCUUUGAAAGUGGUUUGAAAGACACUUGACUUUUCAUAGGAAAAAAUCCGUUUAUGCCAGUGACGUUGCAUCCUAAGCAGAUAUGGUUGUACAAGUGUAGCCUAUAUAUAUUAGUGUGGAUAUAACAUGGCUUCAACAAGACUAAUUGCAUCUCCAGAAGCGCAGAGAAUUUUCAGACAUGAAUACCUUGUGUCACAUUGGGGAAGGAAGGUUGUGUUUAUGGUAUUUCAAAAAUGUUUUCUCCAUGGAAACACCGAGACAAUCUUGGGUAUUCUCAUCGAAAAUGGCAUAGCAUCUCACAAGAAAAUAUUCAACAUAGAUGAAAUAAACAGUCUUGGAUGUAAACCUCCAGAGUUGUAUGGCAUCACGCUGAUGAAUAAAAUCUGCCAAUAUCUUUGGCAGAAAGGAGUUAAUGACCCUGGCGAUGAACUGAAACAAUUAGUGGGAAAAAUAAAAGCCGAGAGGGACUGUGUUAGCCAUGAAGAGGGUAUGUCAGACAACGAUUUGGUAAAUAAACUCCAAGAGUUUCAACGAACACUCGAGGAAACUCUUGACAAAACCAAGUCUUUCCUUCCAGUUCAUGGUGUUGAGAUUGAUCAACUCAAAGCAGAGAUCGGAGCUGCUGUCCCAGAGCUGCUGGGAAAGAUCUGUGAGAAAUAUGAUACCUCAAAGUCAGAGGAUGUGGAGUCCCUUAAGAAGGAAAUGGGAGUUUUUUGGAGAGAGUGUCGUGACCUAGUACAAAAGCGUGUUGAAGAGGAAUUCUGGCCUCUUUACAAAACACUCUGUCAGAUUUCGCCCUUUGACUUGCUAGCUAAGCAUGUUACUCAAGACCCAUGUAAUUUCAUUCUUUCCUUAGAAGUGGACACUGAUUCGAAGUUCAAUGAAAAUUUCCGUGGCAAAUGCGGCACCAUUGUAAAUCAGCAAGAAAUCUUCGACAAAAAUAAACUGGGAGAUGACCCUGAAGUUGUGAUUAUAUCUGGUGAUGCAGGUUCUGGAAAGACCACAAUUCUUUGUUCAUUUGUAGAGAAAUGGUAUAAGAAGAUAAAUGAUAUACCAGAACUCUUAUCCUUCCAAGCUGUCCUCUAUAUACAGUUUAGAAAUCAUGACCACAACAAAUUUGAGGACUACAUUAAAAGUUUGCUGAAAGAGACUGUAAAGCAUUAUGAUCUCACUAUGGUAGUGUCAUAUAUUGUCUUUUCGAAAUGCCUAGUACUUUGUGAUGGGUAUGACGAGGCUAAUGAGAAUUCCAAGAAACUCUUUGAAGACAUGUUAGCACAUCCCUGGGACAAUGUAAAGAUUGUCGUGACGACACGUCCGUGGAAUGCGUUGGAUCUAACAAAUGCUGUGGCAUCUUUAGAGCGUAGAUUAGUCAACCUAAAAGUUUUGGGUAUUCAGGAAAAACAGUUCGACUCGCUCAUCGAAAACAUCUCAGGCUGCCUGUUGUAUGAUGAUGAAGAACGGGAAAAAAUCAAAACGGGGCUGUCUCAGAAAAUAGCAGAAAUGAGCUAUAGGACUAAAGCAUUGGUGAAAAAUCCACUACUUUUUAACAAGUUCGUUUUUAUUUACGUUGACAGUCCAGAUGAAAGGCAUGAACUGAACACCAAGGCAUCACUCCACUUACACUUGAAAAAGAACUUGACCAAGAGAAUCUUAGAGGUGACAGGAAUCUCUGAACAAUCACUGGAGGAAUUCGAUGAAUUGUACAGAAAAUGGUCUCUGAAAUAUUACAUCGAGAAAAAAAUUGAGUGGACAGAGAGAGAUGUGAGAAGCUUUAAAGAGGAGAUUAGAUCUCAAAUUAGCUCUCAAGAUGUACUGGAAAACUUUCAUGCAAUCAUGUCAUCCUAUUUCUCCAUAAAGCAGAUGUAUGAUGGUCCACAGAUUGUCAACUUAUACUGCUACGGCCACAGAAGUGAGCAGGAAUUUGCAAUUGCAGUCGACCUCUGUGAUGAGAUAUCAGCUGGAAUGCAACAAGGAGGAGACUUUCCUCUAGAUGUGGCACUGCAGUCAAAAGGGUUAACCGAAUCUUCAGUUUUUCAUGACAAAGACGUGUUUAAGGAAUUAAUAGGAGUCAUUUCCUUCAUACCAGGAAUACUCUACCAGAAAUUCCCCAAGAGUGAUGCAUUAUACAACCAAAUAAAGGACAUUCAAAAACUCUAUGUCACAUACAGCCUCUCUCAAAACAUGCAUGAUGAGGUCUUGGAACCCUGCAUUGAAACUAGACUGGACGAUCAAGUUUUGCAGUCCCACGCGUCACUACUGGAAGAAACGCAUCUGAAGAAGAACAUCAGAUUCGAGAGAGUAGAUAGUUACUUCGCCCUGCCACCCUUAAUGUCGCUACUGAAGCCCAGGCGUCUUGAACUUCAUGAAAUAAAGAGAGAUCUCUCGAAGCUCAACGAAAUACUAGAAGCUACAGUCGUUCAUAAAAUUCCCACUAGGAUUAUGGUGUGGAUCGAUUUACAAGACUGUGAAAAGUUUUCAGGAGAGAUUUCGCAUUCUGUGGAUCAAUUAAGAGUUGACCUUCUCAAUUUCGGGAACAAAAUUGAGGACGAGAGAUCUUAUCCCACCUCUCUCAUGAAACUGUCGAGGACUCUGACGGUGAUAUACCAUGUGCAGACAUUCAACUCCGCACGUGCUGCCGAAAUCGUGAACAGAACGUACCCGGGAUUCCGGAAUGGCGUCUGUGAUAAUGUCGGCAUGCUAUCAUCGAAAGUUUGUGACAUCCGUGACCUAAUCCAUCGGCUGACCGUUGCGCCUCUGAGAUGUGUGAAUGUUCAAGCGCGUCGUGAAGAUGUUGGUUUUGAAGACUUGCAUGAGUACUGCGAAAAGGAAGGACUCGGAUAUUUAUCCAUUUUAGAAUAAAGAGAAUGGAGUUAGAGACUGCAGCUUUCAGGAAUACAGUGAUGUUGGUGAAGACCUGGAGACAUAUUACAGGAAAGAAGGAAAGAAAGAAAGCUCACUGUUGGUUCCUGAAAAAGUCUUUCGUAAAAUACAAAUCCUCAUAGAGAGAGACACACACACACCUGUACUAACCAUGCCAAUAGAAAGCCAACGGAGGAUCGUCAUCAUCAGCAAGUCCUCCCCUGAACCUGGGAGAAUAAGGAACAGAGAAAGUCCACCACGAAGGCCGUGCAGGAAAACAAACUCCAUCAGGGAAGAGUUGCGUUCAUACUCUCACUUGGGGAAAAGGCACCAGAUCAGGACCCACAACGUUAGGACCUGCAACUGCAGACCUCCUACUACGCACCAGAGGAGAUGGAGGAGAAGAGGAACCCCACGACUGAAAAACUCAGUUUUGGCUGAAUGUGUCCCAUUUUCUUUUGUCUGCUAAACUUCUGAAUUUCAUGAAAAGCCCCCCUUUGAGUCUUCAGAGCAUCAAAUGAGCAGGUCCGCACAACUGCUGUUUGUCAGGUGUUGCUUGUAACAGACUGAUUUAGUGAAGUCAAUGACAAAAUCAAAUUCUAUAUACCCUUAGAAUUAAUUAAGUGUCACAGGUCAGGUCAAUUGUGAAUAAUUGUAAUCAUCCCAUUCGAGAUGUCACAUUCCAUCUGAAACAAAACUGUCAAGAUCUGGCUGUCUUUAGCUUAGACUGGUCUGAAGCCUCUGGUUUACCAGAUGGAUUUGUGGAUCUAGUUCGAGUUUUGUCUAAGGAUUGUUAAAGUCGUAUUUUUGUAAAUGGGUUUAUGAGUUCCCCCUUUUGUAUGGAAAGAGAUCUGCCAGACAGGGCUGCCAGAUGUCAUUGCUGUUAUAUUGUAUAUUUCAAGAACCUUUAUGUAGGGCAAUAACGAGUAAUGACAAGGUAGUUUGCCUUGAAAUAUGCUCCUGGAACUUUAGUGAUAAAGGCGUUCAUUGUGAAGAUGUUGAAUACACAUUGCAGAUAUUUCAUUUUUGUAGUCACGUAAAAACAACAUUGACGUACUUCAAAAGUGUGCGAUUCAAUACAUGUAAAAUAAACAGAGACAAUUUUUUGAAGACAUUACUGCUCAGUUUCAAUUAUAGGACGAAAAAGGAUUAUGAUAGUGCCACUGUAUUAAUUGUAAUGUAUUUAUAUGGUGUUUGGGCCAGUCAAAAGAAACAUGACACAAAAGAGGAAACAGAUGCCUUUGUUAAGAGCAAGUUUUGUGACAACAGUUGGCUACUAAAACAGUCACAAACAAUGAAUAGAUAACGUUUUCACAAGAGAGUACUACAUUAAUUGCCAUUUUCGAGUAGCCAGUGUAACUUUGUAAGUAACAGUACAGCGAUUAUGAUGUUUUACUGUGUUAUAUAAUUCAUUAAAGGUUGAAAUGGCAAUGAUAGAAAAAGAAAGAAAAAAUGGUUGUUGGUGUAAGUCUCAUUCUGAAUGGUUUGCACUGUGGAAUGUGUCAGCAUAAUCAGAUUUGUGCCUCGUCAAGAGAGAGGAUGGGAGUGUUUUCUCCCUCCUUGAUUGGAGCCAGUUCUGUUUUUGCAUUCUUUGGUAAGACUAACUGACAACAACAGUUACGAUGUCAACCACCUUUGUGUUUUGUGUAUAAUAUAUUGCUACUUUUUGUGUACCUUGUGUUACCAUUUGUUGUGAUGAUUUUGUACAUUAUUAAACAUUGACAUCAUUCUUUAGUAGUUGGAAAUACAAGUGAUAAUAGGAAUAUGAUAUAGGCCACCAUAUUUGUAAGUGAUUUUAAGUAAAUUCUGUUAACCAAAGUCAGUCCUUUGAAUGACAUCAGAAGGUGCAUAAACCACAUACCCAAUUUUUCUUCUUAAUACAACUAAAAUAAAAUUUUCAAGUAUUCCAUCUUGUACAUACCUAUAUAUGCAUUGACAUUUAUAGAAAAAAAGGUCCAGUUUAUGGGAAAAACGACCCGCCCCCACAAAAAACUCUGGGUACGGGCCUGAUAGGGGUGUGUGUGUGUGUUUGUACUAUAUGUUAUACGAUCACAAGUAACACGUGAGAAUCGCAUUUCCUUAAGAGCCAGCAGGACAAAAUUGAAAAGCAGCAGGAGGUUACACCCAACAGUAUGUUCUUGAGACACCUCAUCAGGAUACAAUUUAUAAGAAAGGAAUCGACAUUUCUAAAUGUGAAAAAGAAAAAAAAGUAGACUACAGAGCCACCCAAGAGCCUGGUAUGCGCCUAUGUGGCGUGCUCGGUAUGGUGUUCGCGUGCCACCUCGAUGGCUGCGAG